CCCAACCUCAAGCCACUCUCACUUUUGAUCCCCACCGCCAUCAUCGCAAACACAUUCCCGACCGCUAUCGCACCGCAAGCUGAAUGGACCACGAACCUACCGAGAGUCGGCGGGGAGAAGUCCUCAGUACUCCAGAGUUGCUUUCCAAUAUUCUCCGCUUCCUCCCGCAAGGCGACUUGCUGCGCCUUCAACGUGUCAGCUCCGUCUGGCACUCACUGAUCACGACUCUACCGCCACUUCAACGAGCAAUAUUCGCCUCCAACGCCAGAGUUGCCGAAGUCGCUGAGACUCCGCGCAUCCUAAAUUCGUUUGUCAUCGAUCGUCUGCGGUGGUUUCCAUCUCUCGAAGUAUCUGAGGUCAACUCGCCGGACUUCACCACAGCAUCACACCUCAGCCCGAUGGCAGCCCAGGAAGCUUCGUGGAGAAUGCAAUUCAUCUCUUGGCCUCCACUACAUGAGGCUAUGGUAUAUCCUGGUAUAAUCGAGCAGGAAGAACCGAGUCUUCAAUACCUGCACCUCGUAUGCCGUUCUGUCGGGGGCAAGACCACUCUAGCUGGCAAAGAGAGCGGAACCGAGCAUGGAAGUGGGGAUCAAGCACCAAACGACGAGGACGAAUCUCACGGCGUAGACGACGAUGAGGACGAUGAGGACGAGCGCGAACCUCCGCUGGUGCUAUAUGUCGAAGACUUCCCUCACAACGCGGGCAAGAUGUGUACGGGCAUACGAUUCCUCGACUUGCUACAUGGUCUACGAGCAUAUUAUCUUGAAAAUGAACGUUUCCUAGAGGGUUAUAUCGAGAACGAUUUCAUUGGUGCACGUUCGGGAGAGAUACUUAUGCGUUAUGCAGAAAUUGGAGAGGGAGAGCCACCAGAGCUAGAUUUCACUAUCCUGUCUUGAUUUUCCGAUGUAGCCGUGUACAUACACGAGCACCUGUGUGUUUACAAAACAAACUCGAUACAUAUACAUAUACUGAGGAAACACUGGAGAAUCUGGGUACGGUUGUGAUAGGAAAUUUGGAAAAGACUGAUAUAUACGCAUAAAAUCAGAAUAUGAUUCCA